AUGCCCACUGAAGCCGAUAACAAGCGCCAAGCUGCGCGUGAUGUCAUUGAUAUUCUUGAGGAUAUCUCCAAAAUCCUGAACACGAACUUGAAUCGUACAGAAUUAUCCCUGUGCGUCUCCUUAAUUGAGAAUGGUGUCAAUCCUGAUGCUCUUGCGGCCGUGAUCAAAGAUUUGCGAAAGGAGACAGCAAACAUUAAUCGCGGCUAG